GCAGCUCAUGCAGGCGCGAAGAGAAGAAAUUCUAGACCUGGACACCAUGCUCCCGCCCAUUAGAUCCACCAUCUCCUCCUUACCAUAGAACGACAGAAUGAGUUCCUUCGGCAUAUGUUCUCAAUGCCUUAGAGCAUUGAGACAGAGUGUCAGAGCAGAGUCGAGUUCUCCUGCACAGACAUCACGAAUUCAGAGCCCAGCCGUCUCAAGGCGGCGAUAUCUGUCGGUCGCUUCUUCAAAAUGGCAACAAGAAGCUCCUCGAAGCGGGAGUCGAGCUCCAAUGGAUCAAUCGCUUCCACCUACCACAGCUCCUACCGUCACGUCGAAUGUGACAGCCUCGUUUCCCAGCGCUGAACCUCAAUGCAAAUCCAAGUCGGAACCACCACCAGAACGUAAAGACAAAUCUUCUGCACAACCCACCUCCGGCGCCGGUGUAAGCGUGUCACAGAUGCAGCGCCAAAUCCAAUCGCACCUCAGCAACCAACCGAGCAAGUUCAGCAUCCCGACCCGUCUCGCCGAAUCACUUAAGAGAAACAUCCCCGCCGCGACAAGAACCUACACUAUCUACGGUCAAACCGAGGCGAUUUUCAAAUCCUGCGCCGCACCCGCCGACUACACCAUCCCGCAGGACCAACGAAUGAACAUUCUCACGGGAAAGGGUCCUCCAAAAGCUACGGCACAAGAGGGAGCUGAAAUGGGACAACCUCUGUCAGAAAACAAGGAUUCAUGGUGGUUCACCACUAUUGAUUUGCCGCCUACAUUCUCGACAUGGUCACAAGUCACGUUUCUACACAUGUAUGUCAUCGUGACGCAUCUGCGAGCAUCGCUGGAAUCCGAGACCGAGUUUCAGGAUUAUCACCGGUACCUGAUCGAGCAUUUUUCGAGGGCGGCAGAGGACAAGAUGAUUCUGUUGCACAACCUCGCCGCCCAAGGGAUCCGAAGUCGAUAUCUCAAGGAUCUGUUUCUGCAGUACCGGGGGAUACUAGCAUCGUACGACGAAGGACUCGUCAAGGGAGACGCGGUGCUCGCUAGCGCGAUAUGGAGAAAUCUAUUCCGUGCAGAUGAGCAGGUGGAUUGGGAGAAGGUGUGUCUUGUCGUUGCAUAUCUGCGAAGGACGGUGAGAAGAGCCGGCGUGCUGUCACUGGACGAUCUACUCGGGUCCUUGAAUACCCAGACUGGGAUUUGGGCAUUCAAUCAACACCAACAAGAGCGUGUUCAACAACUGGUGGCAGAAACGAGCAAGGGCGUUAAAGAGACGCCUUGAAGAUGAAGGUAUGGCUGCUCGAAGCAGACGUGAUCGAUAUUUUCACUCUUUCACAGGUGCAAAAGCAUCUCCAUUUCGGCAUUCUGUCACAUGGGGUAUGAUUUGAGAGGAACUGCGUCAGAAUCUCCUGUCAUCUGCAGAAGAAGGGUUUGUUGGUGGCCCUUUGAAAGAAGACCCUUGUAUCCGCCAGGUUCGGGCAAGACACACAUCCUAUGUACAAUAUAUACCUAUUCAAAGGCACCAAGCUCUGAAAGGAUUACCCCAGCACGCAAUUGGGUAUGAUGGACAAAAUUGUAAAUUAUGGAGAUGAGAGCAGACAGGGGGGCGCUCGAACUUAAUAGAUGACCAAUGCUCCCAAUUUUCCGAGAAGGGCACAAUAGGGUCGCCAGGCAUCCGAGCGAACAGCCCCGGCCAGAAGACAGAUGGGAAACAAUCCAGAGCCAAAGAUGUCACGUUGAUCGUCAGAACAUCAUCUCAUUGAAAGAAAGCUAUAUCAAUAUACCCAUAGAAAAAGGGGGCGGUGAGAACUCAUACCU